AUGAAUCCACACGAAAUCCUAAUGAAGGCGAUACACAGCGAGCGCGACAGACGUUUCUUGGAGUCCCAGCAUUACUAUCGCAAGGGCGUCGAGCUGUUACGAGAUUUUGUCAACAACGAGAGAAAUACUCGAACUGCCAAACGUUAUUACGAACAUAUCCUGCAAUAUAUUGAACGCUCCAAAAGCGUAGACGCUCAGGUAGAAAAACUUCUCAAAACUGGAGAAUUUCUCAAGUCCACGCAAAUACAGGAAGACUCGCAAGGUCAUAGCUAUGAAACGCUAAUUGGUGAAUAUUUUGAGGCAGAUGUUCAUGAAAUCUAUUUGGAGGAACCCUAUCUCCAGCGACCAUAUCAAGUAGAGAAUUUAGUUAUAUUCUUAGAGAUGGCGGUGAAGAAAUGUCCGCGCUUGAAAUUUGUUAAACUGCUCACAAAUCGCGUGGGCAAUGAUGCUAACUUGAGGGAUAUUCAAGGUAGUCUGCGACUGAGAGGCAUUGAAUUUGUUGUAGAACGAGACCUGCGUCAGCACGAUCGAAAGGUGGCAUUGAGUACGGGAAUUGUUAUAAAAAUUGGACGUGGUUUGCACAUUUUCAAGGCAGCCAAUUCCAGCUACUCUUUGGUAUAUGUGAUUAUGAUUUUAGGCGUUGUUUGA